AACAAAAGAUUCAGUGGUAUUUUAAUCAAACUGUAAUAGCUAGAAUCUCAGGAGAUUUCAGUGUUAUCUGUACAUAUGUUCAGUGUCCUGAGAGAUUCGGAGACAGACUGAAGCUGGAUCAUCAGACUGGAUCUCUGACCAUCAUGAACAUCAGAAUAACAGACUCUGGACUUUAUGAUCUACUGAUCAACAGUAUCCGCCUCAGCAACAGAAGCAGCAAUACCAGGAUCUUCAUUGUUGCUGUUCAUGGUGUUUCUGCUGCAGAACGAGAUAAAAUGAAGAGAAAGUCAGUGAAGGAGGGAGAAUCUGUUACUUUAGACACUCAUGUAAUAAAAAACCCACAUAAUUCGAUAAAAUGGUAUUUUAAUGUAAUUCGUAUCGCUGAAAUCACUGGAGAUCAGAGUAAGAUCGGUACAGAUGAGAGAUUCAGAGACAGACUGAAGCUGGAUCAUCAGACUGGAUCUCUGACCAUCAUGAACAUCAGAACCACAGACUCUGGACUUUAUAAACUACAGAUCAGGAGCAGCAGAUUCACCAUCAUAAGGAACUUUAGUGUUUCUGCUGCUAGUGUGGUGUCAGUGAGGACAAGAGAUACACUCACUCUACACACUGGUGUUAAAACAAACCAACAGGAAAAGAUUAGAUGGUAUUUUAAUGACAUCCUCAUCGCUGAAAACACUGGCAAUCUCCGUAAGAUCUGUACUAAUGUCCGGUGUAAAGAGAGAUUCAAAGACAGACUGAAGCUGAAAGACUUUGGAUCUCUGUCCAUCAUGAACAUCAGAACCGAAGAUGCUGGAGAAUAUAAACUAAAGAUCAGUAGCAGCAUCGUAGAGAUCUUCUAUGUUUCUGACGCUAGUAAAGAUCAGAUGGUCAGCUCUGUUUUCUCAGGUUAUUCUGUUGAUUUAGGCGAAGUAUCAGUGAAGGAGGGAGAUUCAGUCACUUUACACACUGAUGUUAAAACAAACCAACAAGAAGAGAUUAGAUGGCGUUUUAAUGACAUUAUCAUCGCUGAAAUCAGUGGAGAUCUCAGUUUUAUCUGUACAGAUGUUCAGUGUAAUAAUGAAGGUGCUGAGAGAUUCAGAGACAGACUGAAGCUGGAUCAUCAGACUGGAUCUCUGACCAUCACAAACAUCACAAACACAGACUCUGGAGAAUAUAAACUACAGAUCAGGAGCAGCAGCAGCUUCAUCCAGAGGAAUGUCAGUGUUACUGUCACUGGUGUUUCUGCUGCUGAACGAGAUCAAAUGAAGAGAAAGUCAGUGAAGGAGGGAGAAUCUGUUACUUUAGACACUUAUGUAAUAAACAAACCAGACAAUUUAAUGUGGCAUUUUAAUGAAACUGUAAUCACCGGAGAUCAGAGCUAUAUCUGUACAGAUGUUCAGUGUAAAGAUGCUGAAGACAGAUUCAGAGACAGACUGAAGCUGGACAAUCAGACUGGAUCUCUUACCAUCAGAGAUAUCAGAAUCACAGACUCUGGAGAUUAUAAACUACAGAUCAGGAGCUACAGCUCAAUCCGCAUCACCAGUGUAAAGAGCUUCAGUGUUACUGUCAGUGACAUCAGGACACAGCGAAGUCAUCAGGCAAACAGUGUUGAAGGCUCAUCCUCAAAUCAGACUGAGCCUGUAGAGGCUUACACUCCUCAUGAAUUGUCAUCAAACCAGAGUCUGAGGCGGCCAGUGAGAAAUUAA